UUCUGGUGGCGGUGCUGGUCAUAGACCUGCUGGGGUACUUGUACGCGGUCUACAAAGGUACUGCGAAGAAGUACAUUCCCUACAGCCGAAGUCUUGCGCUCACGGCGGCCGAAGCUUGGGAGGAUAGAAGUUCCAACUUCAUCGGCGAGUUUUACGACCCUUACGCCCGGGGAAGGUCCGUGGACUCCCUCACGAAUGUGCUCGACUCCCUCGCCUCCGCCGCCCGCCGCUGGGGGGAAGAUUCUGAACCCACCGCAACCUCACAGGACUUCCCCGCCUCUCUCCCUCCCGUCCCCAGCGCAUAUCCUGGCAAUUUCGCCCACGUCCCCCAGCAGGACAUCCACACCCGCCAGCGGCUCGACAAGCCCCUCAUCUUCAGCGGCUGGAGCGCGUCUUAAAACUGCCCCCGUGACGCCGCGCUCUGCAAGUGCUAUUCGGGAGGCUCCCUGCGAAGUGCUGGACUGAGGACGUCUUCUUCCUGAGUUGCGAUGAAACUUCAUUAAAAUAUAUUGAAUAAAAUGCUGGCCUAACGGGCUGCUUUGUUACUGAUUAAGAGCAUUGGGAUCACGAGAAUUUGAAGCCUUCACAGAAACAUUAUUACCGAACCUCUCCAUCUUUCAUUUUUAAACAUUGUUCUUCUCACCAUUCACUUCUCAACUUCACUCCGCAUCAUCAUUCUAGAUUUUUGCCGCUAACGAUAUUGCCAUCAAUUGUUUGCUUA